GCAAGGUAAACACCCAGGAAGGAAGUGCCUGUCCCAGGAAUGGGGCCAGCUAUAGCCGAGGCAGGUCUGAAGGUCAGGAAUGUUUCCCAGGGAAGCUUUUCCAAACUGUAGUUCUCAGGGCCAGGUCAGGAGCUUGUGCAGUUAUGUGGGGACACAUGGACCUUCACUGAGGUGCCUGGACAGGAUGGUGCAUGGGAAAGGAAGACACUGAAGCACACAUGCGGGGGCCCAACACCCAGGAACCUCUGGCUGGAAGCACUGAAAACUGAUGAAGUCAGAGAGGUUGCUCACCCCAGCAGUCCUGCUGAGAAACCAUUAGGUCCAUUGCCAUGGAGACCAAAAACUCUGAAGACCAGGGAAAACCUCAGAGAAAAUCAGUGAGCAGCUUAUGGAAAAGCAAACACGGCCCAGCUGAGAUGAGACCUGAGUUACCUCCGGAGACUGCCAAGGAGACUCAAAAUGAAGAACCCCGCUGUCUCAUCCCAAUCCAGAGGAAUUCCCUCUUCAAUCGUGCUAUGAGACACAAGCACAAGGCCAGGAGUAUGUCUGAGCGGAGAGCCAAUGACCAAGCAGAUUUGCCAGAAACGAGGAAAUCUGUAAACGAACCCUUGGCCUUCAAUCUGCCCCAGGGCAGACUGCCUCCUUGGAGAACACCAGCACAGAGAGGCCCAGGAGCCCAGGAAGCCAGCGAGUCAUCCUCCACCCCUGGAAAUGGAACCACACCCGAGGAGUGCCCGGCCCUCACCGACAGCCCCACCACGCUCACCGAGGCCCUGCAGAUGAUCCAUCCCAUUCCCGCCGACUCCUGGAGAAACCUCAUUGAACAAAUAGGGCUCCUGUACCAAGAGUAUAGAGACAAAUCGACUCUCCAAGAGAUCGAAACCCGGAGGCAACAGGAUGCAGAAAUACAAGGCAACUCGGAUGGGUCCCAGGCUGGGGAAGACAAUGCAGAGGAGGAGGAAGAGGAGGAGGAGGAGCCGGCCAGCCCCCCUGAGAGGAGAGCUCUGCCUCAGAUCUGCCUGCUCAGCAACCCCCACUCCAGGUUCAACCUCUGGCAGGACCUUCCUGAGAUCCAGAGCAGCGGGGUGCUGGACAUCCUCCAGCCUGAGGAGACCAAGCUGCAGGAGGCCAUGUUUGAGUUGGUCACCUCUGAGGCCUCCUACUAUAAGAGCCUGAACCUGCUGGUGUCGCACUUCAUGGAGAACGAGCGGCUGAAGAAGAUCCUGCACCCGUCCGAGGCCCACAUCCUCUUCUCCAAUGUCCUGGAUGUCAUGGCUGUCAGUGAGCGGUUUUUGCUAGAGCUGGAACACCGCAUGGAGGAGAACAUUGUCAUCUCGGAUGUGUGUGACAUCGUGUACCGUUAUGCGGCUGAUCACUUCUCGGUCUAUAUCACCUACGUCAGUAACCAGACCUACCAGGAAAGGACGUACAAGCAACUCCUACAGGAGAAGACGGCUUUUCGGGAACUGAUCGCACAGCUGGAGCUGGACCCCAAGUGCAAGGGCCUGCCCUUGUCCUCCUUCCUCAUCUUGCCCUUCCAGAGGAUCACGAGACUCAAGCUGCUGGUCCAGAACAUCCUGAAGAGGGUGGAGGAAGGGUCUGAACGUGAAGGCACUGCCUUGGAUGCCCACAAGGAGCUAGAAAUGGUGGUAAAGGCGUGCAACGAGGGUGUCCGGAAGAUGAGCCGCACAGAACAGAUGAUCAGCAUUCAGAAGAAGAUGGAGUUCAAGAUCAAGUCGGUACCUAUCAUCUCACACUCCCGGUGGCUGCUGAAGCAAGGUGAACUACAGCAGAUGUCCGGCCCCAAGACCUCCCGCACCCUGCGGACCAAGAAGCUCUUCAGAGAGAUUUACCUCUUCCUCUUCAAUGACCUGCUGGUGAUCUGCCGGCAGAUCCCUGGAGACAAGUACCAGGUGUUCGAUUCCGCUCCAAGGGGCCUGCUGCGAGUGGAGGAGCUGGAGGACCAGGGCCAGACACUGGCUAAUGUGUUCAUCCUGCGGCUGCUGGAAAACGCAGAUGACCGGGAGGCCACCUAUAUGCUGAAGGCAUCCUCCCAGAGCGAGAUGAAGCGUUGGAUGACUUCACUGGCCCCCAACAGGAGGACCAAGUUUGUAUCCUUCACAUCUCGGCUGUUGGACUGUCCGCAGGUCCAGUGUGUCCACCCCUACGUGGCCCAGCAGCCCGAUGAGCUGACACUGGAACUGGCAGACAUCCUGAACAUCCUAGAGAAGACGGAGGAUGGGUGGAUCUUUGGUGAGCGGCUGCAUGACCAGGAGAGAGGCUGGUUCCCCAGUUCCAUGACAGAGGAGAUCCUGAACCCCAAGAUCCGCUCCCAAAACCUCAAGGAAUGUUUCCGAGUGCAUAAGAUGGAGGACCCUCAGCGCAGCCAGAAUAAGGACCGCAGGAAGUUGGGCAGCCGGAAUCGUCAAUGAAUCCCCCCCAGCUCAGGCACCAGCCUGAAGGAGGGGGUGUGGGCAGGGAUGGGAAGCAGGCCCAGCAGAGAUGCCUGACAGAUUCAGAGGGUUUUAGGGAAGAAUGUCAGUGCCUUCCCAGGCAGCAGGAGUGGCUUGGGCCUGUUCUGUCCCUGCCCACGCAGUGGAUGUUCCAGCAUCCUGGCCACUCGCUUGCUUACACACUGGCGGAAGGCUAAGUACUUAGGCAGUAUUAGACCACCACCCUCCAGCCUCUCAGAGGGAGGAGGGCAGGCAUUCUCCAGAGACCUUCCGGGGACUGGAGGAGACCCACACAAGGGUCCCUGGCAGCAGGGAGGUGGAAGGUAACCACCGUCAGGAUCCCCUGAACUGCACGUGUCCUUCCCUACCUUGGAAGCAGCUAAGAGUCUACUGGGCACACCGAUGGACCACCCCUGCCCAAGGGAGCUUGGUGAGCAGUGCUGACUCUGCCUGCCCAUCCCCGUGCCUCUGCCAGCCUCUUUUGCACGGCCAAGCCCUGCCCUCAGCAGGCCUCCCAGAGCUUAGCUGAGGGUUCAUGCCACCUCUAGCUCCCUGAAGGGCUUGAUGUCACGUGUGUCUCCUGGCCCCUGAAGGAGCCCAGGUGUUUUGCAGAAUGAAUUGGUCACUGCAUCCUUUAUGGUCAUGGUUUUGAGAAAAGCAAAUAUCAUUUUUGGCUGCAUUAAAAGAAGCAUCCUGUAUGAAACGA